CUUACAAGCAAAGGAAAGGAUGCGUUUUCGCGUCAGAAAAACGAUGUAUUUCGUUUUGUUUGUAACCGCUGCUCUUCUCAAUUUCGUGGUGAGCACCGACAGUAGAAACGAUUUGAAAAGCCAAGAAGAAAGGGAUUUGAUGCGUUUGUUUCUGCAAAAAAUUCCAGAUGCAUCCAAAAAUGUCGGCCGGCGUCGAGAAGUGCCUUCCUUCCUAAAGAAAUUGUUCAAGAUGCAGUCUCGUCGGUCCACAUUCUCACAGGUCUUUUGUACAUUCAGCGAAGAUCGCUUGCUUUCAAACAAACGAACAUCUUUAUUUUCCUUUGAUUUAUCCUACAUUGAAAAUUUUCGUGAGGCUAAUCAAAUACAGUUACGUGUGUUUAAACGAAGAUCGAAACGACGAGAUUCACGCGAGUUCUAUUACAUACAUUUAUACCAAAUCUUUGAUAACGCUAUACACAAUGCUUCUCGCGAAAGCAAACAUUUAAUUAGUUCGCGGUUUGUUCGUAAUUCACGUGGUGAAUGGCUGGUAUUUGAUGUAAUAUCCGAGCUUAAUUCACAAGAUAUCGUACUUACAACCACGAAACCCAGCUUUUUGCUCCAGAUAAAAGCAGUCAACGAUCAAGCUAAGUCUAAACCAGUAUCGAUAGCGAAGUUUGGUCGCAAGCAACCAUUUAUGCUGGUAAUUUUUCAAAAGAAAGUUUCACCGACAUCCGAAAUGAAAACGCCUAGCAGUUCAAACCUAUAUCAGUUCGGAAAGUUGCGAAUUACACGAUCUUCGAGUUCGAACGGUCGACCGACUGGGCUGUGUUCUCGUCGCAAAUCGUUGCAUAUCAACUUUCAAAGCUUCGGAAUGAGCAAUAUUAUUGCACCUAAGAGCUACGAGGCCUAUUAUUGUGAUGGAAAAUGUCCGAUUCUGUCAGGUUCAAUAUAUUCAUUUCUUCGAAACCGCUACCGGCUACAAAGUAAAAAGAAGAUCCCGGCAGCUUGCUGUGUUCCUACCGAGCUCGAAUCUCUACAGUUGCUGUAUAUAAACACGAAAGGAAAUAUAAUUCUCGAUCACUUUAGGGAAAUGGUAGUAUCAUCGUGUGGCUGUAGGUAGCUUUACGAAAAUGUUUGAAACCAGAAACCAUAACAGCUAAUUCAAAUUCGAAAGCUUUUAGGCUCUUUGAAGAUGUAAGUACAAAGUAUAUUCAAGUUUGUGGUGCGUAUCAGCCUUGUGUGACUUGUGGUCAUAUACUGUGAGUGUAAUUCCUAUGGUAAUUAUAUCACUGUUAAUUUACACAAAGAUUAGUGGUGUUUGUGAUAGAGCGAUAUUAUGCAAAUUCCAUGUACGUUUGCAAAAAUCCAACCAGUAGGUGGAUAUUUACUGACAAUCUUUAUUAGAAUAGGAAGAAACCAAACAAAACUUGAUUAUUUUUC